AUGUAUGAAACAGAUGAUACAAUAAACGAAAGUAAUUCACCAGUGAGUCAUCCAAACAGUCCAUCAAUUACCGGGACAAACUCUAAAAGCGGUCGCGAAUCUUUUUUAUCUUCAACAUCGUCUGGGCAUUCAGAAAAUACUUCCUUCUCGUUCACAACUGAGACAUGUUCCUCUUCACCACAUUUUCUACCACUGAGUAUUACUCCUCUGGCCACAAUUCAGAAUGUUGAACGAUUGCUCUUACAACGUAACUACGUGAACAGUGUUCUUAAAGAGAAUGGUUUUCAAGAAACAUUUAUUGAUCAUAUUGCAGAUGAUCUUUGUACUUCACCAAAGUCACAACUCGUUGAAGUGAUAAAUAAUGAUGAUGAAGAUAUGGAUUCUCAUAAUCAUUCAUUAUUACGAGAUUUGAAAUCGGUCGAAGGACCCUUCAAACAUCAUACAAAUAUUCAACACUCAAACACAUAUUUACCAACGAGAAAUCUGUCCAGUCGAAUUCCCAAACCAUCUGGUUUACUUCCUAACGAGUCAUCAGGUUUGACUUCUAUUCAUAUACAACCAUCCGUCAGUAGAAGUCCAAGACAUCUAAAAUCAGACGUUUAUUCUAAAUACCUUCGGCUGUUACCUCUUGUCUCUUCUGAUAACCUUUUCCAUAGACGUUCUACACUUAAUCAAUCAUUCGUUACAAAUCUCAAUGUAUAUUUAACAUCCCCAGUUUGUUGUACACAAACAUUAGUUUCGUCCAAAACAUCUGUUCCCACUUCUAGUUCCCUUCAAAGCUUAUUACAACGUAGUUCAGAAAUUUUACCUUUGAUGACCCGAAGUGGAAUUGAAAAACCGAAUGUAUCUAACUUACACUCAGUUGAAAAUCCUAAUGCCUUUGUUGUCAAGAAAACUGAUUGUCGUAGUGUCCGAAGGCGUUCCACUACUAACGUCUCAAUUUCCGAUAUACUUAGUUUAACAUCUACUUCACUGUCUGUUCCUGGAAAACAAUCAUUUCAGGGUGAAAAACUUGUUGUCAAAGCUAAACGUCAAUUACAAGAUGUUUUCAGUGUGAUGGCUGGCAAUUUUUCCUCUUGGUUAAUUCAAUUGAUACCAGAUUUGGAAAGUUCUUACACUUCUGAUAGUGAUCAAAAUCGUGGACAAAUAGAUAAAAGAAGUCCUACGUCAUUUUUAUCUCAUAUUAUUCAUGAUAAUCAGCCUACAUUUAUUAUUAGUUUACACGGCGGAGGAUGUAGUACGACUAACUUUGUCAGUUCUAGUUCAUCAUCAGACUCUACAUCUCUGCUAAUUCAAUUAAACGCAUUCUCCCAGUCUUCAUUCAACACACACUUGUUUGAUCACAGUUCUGGACUAUCAUCUACAUCAUCUCAGGAACAUAAAGGACUAGAUAAUGGAAGAAAUAAUUUAGGAACAUGUGGGAGAUACCAUUUACGCCUGGCCUUGUCACCAAACUUUUGUCGGCAUAAAGUUACUGUUAAUUGA